GAAGACUUGAGGGGUUUUAUUUUUACAGUGUAAUACAAAUGGAAAUACAACAGUAACUAAAGUGUUACAAAGCAUAAUCAGUUAUAAUAAUAAACAAAAAUGUACAAAUGAAAUUAAAAAUAGGUGUGUUCACGUAGGCCUAAAUUAAAAAAAACAAAACAAAACAAAAAACAGAAUUUAAUACGUCGUAGAUAUCCAUAAUUAUGUACUUUAUAUUUGAUAAAUUCCAUUUCGACACUUGCAAUACAAUUUUCAUGCCAUUUUAUUAGAUUUUCAUACAAUUUUAAAAUUCCCUGAUACCUUGUACAUUUCCCAUUCACAUUUAAUCGAGACAGGAAAUUUGGAAACAUGCAUUUGUAGUGAAAAAUCGAAACCUUAUGAAAAAAUAUAAAUCUUUUUAAAAUUACAUCUAAAGGACUAGAAUACUGAAAAAGUACUCAUCUUUAAGUGAAAAACUAAACGAAAAAAAAUGUAAAUUAAUGAUGAAAUGAAAUUAAUGAUGAAAUUUCGCUAACAAUAAAUUCAAGGUCUAAAUCAUUGUUUUCAUAAGAUAGAAUACUGUAUUUUAGUUAAAGAGAACAUCCUAAAACUAUUUUCCUGGACAUGUUUGACCUUACUGGACGGAAAUGACGUCAGGACGCACGGGCAGCAUUCGCGCCGCUCGGGAGGAAGUGCUGUGUAGACAGUUCGGCUAACUCCGUGAGAAAAGAAAAAAAUAGAAAAAAAACACAAGGGAGGAAAAAAAAAAACUCAUUGAAAUUCUUCCAUCGGGUGGGUUCGGAAAGACUUCACAAACUACUCCGAUCGGAGGAAAUCCCCGGCGGGCGAAGUAAAAGUCUUGAGAGCUGGGGUGAUGGAGGAUUCCCAUUUUAAUUCUUCCUAUUUCUGGUCCCCUGUACAGGGACAGAUUGAGAAUGCUGUAUUUCUCAAUAAGGUAAAAGAGCAGCUUGGUCAGGACAAAGGCCCCAUCUACUCACAUGGCCCCGCCCACUAUCCUACCACAGCAGUGGUGGCUGUUGCUGGGGGUGCCAUGGAUACAACAGCAAGGACACUAAAACAGGAGCAUGCACAACCGUCUCAGUCCUCACACAGUAUCACAGUGUUGCCGGUACCGCCUACAGGCAUCAUGACAGCAGCGGGUUUGGUCACUCUGGUGUCUCCAGUGUCAUCUGCUCAGUCCCUUAUUCCUGGACAUCCAUCCACCACCAUGAUAACUGUCCAGACUGACAAGAAAAAUGACUCCAUGCCCUGCUCACCAGUUAUCAUCCCGUUACCGUCGAAACGAGGCAGAAAGAAGAAAGAACCUCUCCCAUUGGUUGGCUCACCUACUGGGACAGAUCACUUGAUUUUUGGUCUUUCAGGACAGCAUCAUUCUGCCAACCCUUACAGUCUGUCUCCAGAAGAAGGACAUGCUGGGAAAGAGGGUGGAAAAACAUACAGGUGCCGGAUGUGUGGUUUGACGUUCUGCAAUAAAUCAGACAUGCAGCUGCACUCCAAGUCGCACACGGAGGUGAAAGCUCACCAGUGUCCGCACUGCUCCAAAUCCUUCGCUAACACCAGCUACCUGGCCCAGCACAUCCGCAUCCACAGCGGUGCCAAGCCCUACACCUGCUCCUACUGCCAGAAGGCUUUCAGACAGCUCAGUCACUUACAGCAGCACACACGAAACCACACAGAAUCCAAACCUCACAAGUGUCCUCACUGCACGAAAUCAUUUGCCAACACAAGCUACCUUGCUCAGCAUGUGCGAAUACACACAGGAGUCAAACCUUACACCUGUAACUACUGCCAGAAGACCUUCAGACAGCUCAGUCACUUACAACAACACCAAAGGAUCCACACAGGAGACAGGCCAUACAAAUGUUCACAUCCUGGUUGUGAGAAGUCUUUCACUCAGCUUUCUAACCUACAGUCUCAUCGGCGUCAGCACAACAAGGACAAGCCGUAUAAGUGUCACCACUGUAACCGUGGUUAUGUAGACGCAGCCAGCCUGGAGGUUCAUCUGUCCACUCACACAGUCAAGCACGACAAACUCUACUCCUGUGGUUUAUGCAACCGCACAUAUACCUCGGAAACAUAUCUGAUGAAGCACAUGCGAAAACACGCCCCAGAUAUGCUUCCGUCUCCACCCGGAUCAAACCAACAGAAUCACAGCCCCGGUCACGCAGGAGGAAGUAGCUCGGAUAGAGACGGGCAAAGCCAAGCCGAGAGGAACAAUGCCUUCAUCCAGCCGGUCGGUGCACCGUGCAUAUUCGACUUGAAUCAAUACAAACCAGUACCCUCUGCAGAUGUGCGAUAUAAAACUGUCAGUGUAUCUGACAUCUCCCCUCACAAAGACCUCUGCAUCACUGUGGAGGCGUCUGCCAUACAGGUGCAACACCUAAACUCAUGAGGAAUCCCAUGAAACUUUGGAGGUUAGAAAAUUUUUUUGUAAUUGACGAGAUCCACACAGAGCUGUGGAUAUAGAAUGACUUUUCUUACUCUAUACCUUUUUAUUUGUAUGAAGGAGCAAGUGGAUUUAAACGGACAAAAUUGAAGAAAACAGACUUUUGUAUUUUUUUGCAAUCCUGAUCUUCCUCCCAAAAGCUUCCUUGAAGACUGUUGCUGUUUCAGUGGGUACCCAGCUCAUAUCUCAUGUCUUUUUCCUGAAAUUUCCAUUUAUCUUGUUUGUAUGAUUGUCUGCGUCUGUAGUUGUUGGUACGAUCACUGCAUUGUCAACAUUAAUAUUGUUACUGUCAAUGAGAACAGAAAUAUUGUGUCUUGCACAGUAUGUAUGGGAAUUGUUGGUCUGUUUUUGUUUUUAAAAAGGGAAAUUUGUUUGCAGUCACAUACGUAAAAAAGCACGUAUAUAUGGUUAAAAGAUGUAUUGUGUGUGAAUGAGUAAAGGACAACAGUAAAAGAUGUGUGUCAACUAAUGUCGAUGGCAAAUAUCUAAUGAGAUGGUGUUUUUCUUGAAAAAUGAUCCUGUUUAGUAUUUCCAUUUGCAGAUGACAUGUAAUAUUCCAUUAUUCCAUUAAUAGAGUAUAUAAUAUUCUAUUGUAACUACUGUUAUCAAAAUAACUGUUAACAUGCAACAACUUCUAGGCAUUAACAAAAACAGAUUAGUGUGCAUUAACCCUUUAAAACAAUAUGAAAAAAAAAAAGAAAAGAAAUUAUUGCUUCUAAUGUGCCUCCUUGUGAUAAUCUGUUUUAUAAUCUCUGUUGACUGUCAUCCUGGGUUUUUCAAUAAUUUUUAUUUAUUGCAUUAGCAAGUAGUAUUGCCUUUUAUAAUAACUAAAUCAUUAAGUAAGAACAUAGAAUAUUAUUAUUAAUGUUUUUAUUAUUAUUAUUAUUCCUCCAGAACCAACAAGGACCCUCGUCGGUUUAGAGAACUGAGUUACUUUCUUUGUGGUUUGUAGAUUUUUAACUUUAAUAAGAUUUGUAAAUUCCCUCAUGAUGUAAUGUAAAACAGUUGUUUGUCAGAUGUCAAAAAAACAAUACAAAACAAUAUGAAG